AUGCCGAGGAAAUGUAAGCGGUCACAGAUUGCAAGCCAGCGCUGGCAGAGGUUUCAUGACAUUGACCGUGUGAGUACUGGACAAGCAGAUGGUGUUCCUCAGAGCAGUGGAGAGGUAAAGAGGUCAGAAGUGUCUGAUGUUGUGAAACAGGGAGAUGAAAGUGCAUCAUGUCAACCACAGGUAUCUUAUGCAGACAUGCCAAAGAGAUGUGUGAGUCACCUGCAGCAGGUCCGUCUAACUCUGAACAGGUAAACAACAGAGGUGAAAGUAAUGAUCCAGGUGUACAACAGGUAACAUAUGCAGACAUGUUGAAGAGAAAAUUUCCUAGUGUGUCACAUACUGCUGGUCCGUCCAACUCUCCUCAGGUAAACUAUGUCGCCCAAAUUGACAAGCCAUGCUCAACCCAGGUAUCGUAUGCAGACACUGUUAAGAAGGGAAACCACAGUAAUUAUCAGUCUGUAUCAGCUUCUCCUUGGGCAAGAAAUAUUAACGCUGUUAAUCAGUCAGGUGAACAAAACGUCUGUGCAUCACACAGCCAAGCGUCUCUGAAAUACGGCCGAUCCAGAAACCAGCAAUGCACCUGUAACUCACUGACAUUUCUAGCAUUCCUGUUUGAGAACGAAAACAUCACCAGAGCAGACCUGGACUGUGUUUUGGAUAAAGGUAAUGCGAUGUACAGAGAAAUCAGAAAAACUGUUCAUGAUCACACCCAUCUGACAACCGAUGAGCUCCCUGACCUGGUUCCUGCACGCAGACACACGCAGAUUGUUGACAUGUCACAGCUGUCUAGGUACAGUACGUUUGGAGAUCCGUUUCCCAGAACUGUUGAUACCUUUCUGGACCUCGAGUUGGGAAUGAGCUGCUUAUUAUCAGAUGUGCAGUAUGCUUUGCUGCUGAUAACUUCACUGUGCAUUGCAGUUUUCAGGCAGAUACGGUUUCUUUGACCCACAUGCUCGGACAGCUAACGCUUUGCUUCUGCUUCAGGCCACACCUACUCCUGGUGCUGCUGUCAUGGUAGCACGGUAUGUGUACCACGGCAUGGUAUGUCAAUUAUCGAUAUGCAAAUGAUGAAACAUUCUGUCAGAGACACAGACAGCUGAUGAGACUAAUGAUGCGAGACAGGUAUAAGACAAAUCUUCCAUACAGGACUAUGUAUUAAAUGCAUUGAAAAUAUCAAAUAAAUACAAACAGAUAAGUAAACAAAUAUGUGAGACUGACAGAGAGAGUGAAAACCCACUUAUUGAAAGUGCCAUAAAUAUUUUCCGAUCACACAUUAAAUCUGGUCCCACCUAUGUUUGCACGGUUUGUCACAAAGCCUCAUUUCCAAACCAGGUACAAAAGUGCAAAAGGUCCAACUAUGUGAAAAAGCCAAUCAUGGUUUCAGCUUGUCUCAAAGGUCAGUACGUCCAUGCAUGCAACGAUGACUGCAGAAAUAAGUGCACUGUCCCUGAUGAGAGAAAGACUGAUUGGAUUUGUCACACCUGCCAUGACCAUCUGAAAAAUGGAUCCAUGCCCAAACUUGCCAUAGCAAACAACUUGGAGCUUGCUGACAUACCACCUGAGCUGUGUGACCUCAACAUACUGGAGAGACAUCUGAUAGCAAAGUGCAUAACAUUUGCCAAAAUCAUUCCUCUUCCCAAAGGCAGACAGAGAGCUAUACAUGGUAAUGUUGUAUGUGUUCCCUCUGAAAUCCAGGAAACAAUUCAGGCUCUACUCAGAUUGAGAAAUGAGUCUCAGGUGAUGAGAGUAAAACUGAAGAGAUGUUUGAGUUACAGAGGUCACCAUCUGUUUCAGACUGUUACCUGGUCCAAGCUAGUGAAGGCUCUGCAUAAACUGAAGGAGAUACACCCCCAGUAUGAAGAUAUUACUAUUAGAGAUGAGGAGGAGUUAUGUGACCCCACACUUCCUGAUGAUGUUGAUGAGGAUGAUGAUGAUGGUAAUGAUAUUACAAUGAAUGAUGAUGACUAUGAUGAUGAGGAUUUGAUGGAAAUUGAUAGAAUUGAGGCUGCUGCCAUGUAUGAGGCUGAAACUAAUGUUGAAAAUGAGGAUGAGAACACAGAGCUGUGUAAUAAAAGUCAGACCCAGGACAAUGAUGAUCAGACGCAACAACAAGACACAGGCAUAAUGGUGGUGUUGUUUUAGAGUCGUGCCUUCAGCCACGUGAUGUUUCUGAGGAGAUUUUGUGUUUCAGUGAAUCUACAUACUCAGUCGCUCCAGCAGAGAGAAACAGUCUAGUCAGUUUUUUCAAAACACCUAAACUAGAGGCCAUGGCGUUUCCUGUUCAGUUUCCCACUGGUAAGAAUACACUGGAUGAAAACAGACCCAUGAAAUUAUCACCCAGUGGUUAUUUCAAAGCAAGGCUCUUUGAUGUUGAUGACCGCUUUGCCAGAGAUACAAACUACCUUUUCUUUGCAGUUUGUGACUGAAAUACACUUGGCUACCUCCAGCAUGUCCAUACAGUUAUGCAAAGGGAAACCUUUGACCAGAGAUGGACGAAAAAUAAUAUCCAGAAUGUUGAGAGACAAAUAUGAAGUGGAGAGACUGGUGAGAAACAGAGAUGCUAUCAGAUUUAUGCAGCCACUCAGAGGAACACCACCCUACUGGGACAAAAUUACAAAAGAUCUGUUUGCUAUGAUCAGACAGUUGGGCAGUCCUACUUUCUUUAUCACAUUUUCUGCUGCAGAGAUGCGUUGGCCUGAGGUGAUUAUAGCAAUAAAUUCACAACAAGAUGAGGAAGUGAUUUUUGAGGAGCUUAACUGGUCCACAAAGUGUUACAUUCUGAGAAGCAAUCCUGUGACAAUGAUGCGCAUGUUUGAUAAGCGUGUUGAAGAACUGUACAGAGAUCUGAUCAUGUCUCCUGCACAACCCCUGGGCAAAGUUUAUGACUUCUUUUGGCAUCUCGAGUUUCAACACAGAGGAAGUCCUCAUAUACAUGGUCUUUUGUGGGUAGAAGGUGCACCUGUGUUUGAGAGAGACUCUGAUAAAACUGUGUGUGACUUGUGUCCAAAUUCAUCUCUGCUCAGCUCCCUGACACAAAUAAAGAGCUUAAACUGUACAAAAAGGUCAAAGAAGUGCAAAUAUACAGUAAGAACCACUCAAAGACAUGUUUCAAAAGUGCUAGUUCAGGAUGCCGUUUUUGAUUCCCAAAACCAUCCUCCAGACAGACAAUGAUAACAAGACCUGUGGAUGAUGAUGAGGAGUCAGAGAGACUUAAGAGAGCCAAAGAGAAACUUGCACCACUGAAUCAGCUGCUGAAUGAGACACAAACUGAAUCUUUGAGUUUUCAACAGCUCCUGUCUGUCUGUCUGUGACCUAACCACAGAUGAGUAUGAGAAACACAUGCAUGUGAUGAGUCAGUCCAGCAACAUCAUUCUGAAGCGUGAGCCAAAAGACUGCUGGGUAAAUACCUACAACCCUCACCUGCUCAAAGCUUGGGAUGCAAACACUGAUGUGCUGUUCAUUCUCAGCUACUACAGUCUGAUCCAUUACAUAUGUAUGUACAUGUAUAAAAGUGAGAACUCUGUGAGCCAGUACCUGCAAACACUCAUUCAGAACUCCGACAGAGAAUGUGUCAAUGAAUGUGAUGAAAUGAAAGCGGUCAUGUAGACGUAUUCCAAAAAGCAUGAGGUAUCAGCACAAGAAGCUGUUGCCCGAGUGACUUCACUGAACAUGAAAAAGAGUUCACGCAGUGUGGUUUGAAUGUGACAGCUUGAAUGUGUGGAUGACAUCCUUAACAGACAAGUACAAACCCAGACCUGAAACAGCAGAGUUUGAAAAGAUGUGCAUGGCUGAUUUUAUAUUUACCUUCAGACUGGUGUAUGGUAAACAGACCAAGGGCAAAAAAGUGGUACCUUUGCUGAAUGAACUAGGCUUUGUACAGAGACAAAAAAGUGACAAAGGUGCUGUCAUCAGGUAUUGCCGCAUAUCGAAAGAGAAAUACCCUGAGCAGUUUUAUGGCACAUUUCUUAGACUGUAUCUUCCAUACAGAUCGGACGAUGAGCUUAAAAGACCAUAUCAACCCACGUAUGAGUCAUUCUAUGAGAGAGGUGUGGUUCAGCUGCCGUAUUCUGACCGACCCCUGCGUGUAAAACUCAUUGUGAAAAGAAACAGAGACAGAUAUGAAAAAAACAGUGAGGAAAUUGACUCUGCUCUCGAGGACUUUGAACAGAACAGAGGUAUGGUCGAUGAAUGGUGUAAUUUGGCACCUGAAUCUGAACUGGUGAGGUUGGAGUGCAUCGAUGAACUGGAUGCCCGACAGUGUGAAAAUGUCCAAGAGGAUGUACCUGAUUACAGUAGACAAGCUAAUGCUGCUACAGAGGCCAGAGUCAUGAGAGAGCCCCCCUACAAUCGAUCCCACACGGUUAUCAGAGUCUGAACCAGAAACAGGCAUGUGUGUUCUAUGCAGUGAGAGACUGGUGCAUAAAACGAGUCUGUGGACUACAACCAGAGCAAUUUUUCUACUACAUCAAUGGUGGUGCUGGCACUGGAAAGUCACAUCUCAUUAAAUGCAUUCAUUCAGAGGCAUCAAAGAUACUGAGAACACUACCUUGACGGGCAGAGGAAGCUGACAUCUCAAACCCGACUGUGCUGUUGACUGCUUUCACUGGAACUGCAGCCUUUAACAUCUCUGGAACAACACUGCACUCUCUUCUCAAGCUGCCCAGAAGUUUGAAACCUCCUUUUCAAGGUCUUGGGAACCAACUUGAUGAAAUCAGGUGUGAGCUUUUAAAUGCUGAAAUCAUAAUCAUUGAUGAAAUCUCCAUGGUGUCGAAGCCUCUGUUUGCCUAUGUGGACAUGAGACUGAAACAGAUUAAAGGCAGCCAAAGACCCUUUGGAAGAAUGUCAGUCAUUGCUGUGGGAGACUUUUACCAGCUACCACCUAUACGACAGUCCAAACCACUCUGUGUCUAUGAUCCAAGUGAGCUUGACCUCUGGAGAGUCAACUUCCAGGUGAUCACUUUAGAUGAGAUCAUGCAACAAAAGGAUGACAAAACUUUUGCUGACAUGCUGAACAGACUCCGUGUGAAAACAAGGUCAGAUGAGUUUUCUGAAACUGACAGAGCUCUGCUGUCACAGUGUGUCACUGAACCACAACUGUGUCCCUCUGAUGUCCUGCACAUUUUUGCUACAAACAAACAAGUCACAGCACACAACUCUGCUACACUAUCUGUGCUCCAUUCUGAUAUCAUCACCAUUGAUGCAGAUGACUUUUAAAAAAACCCACAGAUUGCACUCAUGAAAAGACAAGGUGCACCAUGUCAUGGAAGCAGAAAUGAUCUACCUGACACACCAGAUGUUGCAGUUGGUGCUAGAGUCAUGCUCAUCAGAAACAUAGAUGUGUCUCAAGGAUUGGUGAACGGAUCAUUUGCUACAAUUGGCUGUCUCAUAAGCUCUGAAAACAAUGGCUCUGCUCUUAUCACUAUGCUUAGUCUCAGGAUGGAUGAUGAAACAGCUGGCAGGAGCUAUCGUACGAGAGGAGACAAUCUUGUGUACAUCGAGAGCUCUGUGGAAGCUCUGCAACAGAAAGGAGUGGUACGCAGAUGGUUUCCUGUGAAGCUUGCCUUUGCAUAUCAUCAUCUUUAACAUCAGUGAUUUCCCUCAGGUCUUCUUCAAGCCAAUUGACGUUAAGAGCGGAAGAACAGCUCAGACACUCAGACAUCUGAAAGCACUAAAGGUGGACAUCAUGCAGCCAUCCAAAGCCUCUCUGUGUGAGGAAACUUUGCUGCAUGCAGACCUGGUGAAGUGGCUCUGGACAGAAAUAUUUCCAGUGUAGCCAGUGCUGAUGGUGAUCCUACAAGUCCUGCAGUCCUGUGAAGCAAGCUGCAGCAAAUGUCAUCACAUUCAGAUCAUCAGUUCACCCUAACUGCAGCUUUGAACUUUCCCUGAGGAAACAGUGUAUUUCCUUGCCCCUUAACAACAAUCCUUUUUGACCAACAUAGAAAAGCACAGUAUUACUGUUCGCACAGGAUUUUUGUAUUGAUUACAAAGUUAAAGUAAAGGGGAUUUUGUUUGUUUUUUCUUAAAGGGGACCUGCCAUAAAAAUGUAAUUUUUGGUUUUUUUGUGUGUCAGAUAAGGUCCAUAUUAUGUUCGUCUUAUGUUGUAAAUGUGAAAACAAACCAUUACGUCGUUUGCAUUCUGUAAAGGUUUAAAAUAAAGGAACGAGUAAACCAGUUGGUUUUCCUGUGAGGUUUUUUAGGCAUACUAAAACAAACUAUCAAAUAACUUUUCAGCUAAAAUUAUGUUGCAAACAUGAUCAGAGGACAUCAAGGAUUAUGAAAAAAUGAUAAAAAUGGGUAUGAAAUUUUGGUGGCAGGUCCCCUCUAAGGCCUCUUCUUCUCCUGCCUUUAACUCCAGUGAUGCUGUCAACUCAAACACUAAUAACUGCACACAGCGAUUCUACAACCACAGGUCAAAGGUCAAAACAAUACCUCCCUUUAAACCUUCACUCUAAACUGUACUGGGCUCUGCUUUUGGUUUUGAACAAAAGUGCCCAAACAGAACACAGUACUUAGUGAGGAACCGACUGAUUGUCUUCAGGACAGGACAACUAUUACUCUUGACAUAUUUGACAUUGCUCCUUUUUUUGUUCUAACCAACUCCAAAAGGUCUGAAACAUGCUCCUAAAAAGGUCCUGGACAGUGAUUUUAACCCUAACUCCAUAUCCCUAACCUCAGCCCUGUAACCCAAUACCCGGGUGCUAUUUAAAAGAAGCCCUAACCCCCCCCCCCAAAUUUUUUUGACAUUUUUCCUUUUUUCUGUUCUAACUUACUCCAAAGGGUCUGAAACAUGCUCCUAUUAAGGUUCUGGUCAGUGAUUUUAACCCUGACCCUAUAAUCAUAACUUUAGCACUAUAACUCGAUACCCAGGUGUUACACAAAGGAAGCCCGGUAACCCCCCAAAAAAGAUUGACAUUUUUCCUCUUUUGUUUGUUCUAAUGAACUCCAAAAGUUUUGACAUAUUCCUUAAAAGGUCUAGGACGGUGAUUAUUUACCCUAACCCCAUAACCCUAACCCUAGCCCUGUCACCCAAUACCCUGUUCUCCAGCAACCCCCUCCCCGGCCCCAGGAUCUUCCUCAGGCCCCUGAAAACCUUGGAGACCCAGCCCUCCCUCUGGCCCCUGCACACCCCAUUUACCCGGCCCUCCAUAGGGCCCCUGCACUCCCACCCUUAGCCCCGUAA